CGUGGCCACUAAAUUUUUUCCCACAGUUAUCACCGUACGCAAAGCGGCACUAAAGUAAGGGAGUCAACCAGAUCAGCAAUCAACCACGAAGAUGCCGCCCAAGAAAGCGCCAGCUGCGGCUUCCAAGAAAACCGAAGCUAAGAAGAAGGAAAAAAUCAUUGAGGAUAAAACAUUCGGUUUGAAGAACAAAAAAGGUGCAAAGCAACAGAAGUUUAUCUCGCAAGUAGAGAAGCAAGUCAAGAGCGGCGGACAACAUAACCUAGUGACGAAUGUGAAUGCAAAGAAGGAGGAGAAGGAGAAGAAGCUGAAGGAACAGAAGGAGCUGGCCAAACUGUUCAAACCGGUAGCGACACAAAAGCUCGAGGUCGGCGCUGACCCGAAGUCGGUGCUAUGUGCCUUUUUCAAGCAAGGCACCUGUACAAAAGGCGAUAGGUGCAAGUUUUCGCACGAUCUAGCCGUUGAACGGAAAUCCGAAAAGCGUUCCAUUCACUUCGAUAUGCGCGAUGCCGACGCCAACGAUACGAUCGAGAACUGGACUGAGGAGAAGCUGUCCGAGGUGGUUGCCAAGAAGCAUGGAAAAGACAAAACAAUGCCCACUACGACGAUCAUCUGCAAAUAUUUCCUGGAUGCCGUGGAACGUUCACUGUACGGGUGGUUUUGGGAAUGUCCCAACGGCGAUAAGUGCAUCUACCGACACGCCCUGCCACCUGGCUAUGUACUGAAGAAAGAUAAAAAGAAGGCUGAAGCGUCAAAAGAAGAGAUAUCGUUGGUCGAUUUGAUCGAGCGCGAGCGAGCCGCACUCGGGGCGAACCAAACGCGCGUCACGCUGGAAACUUUCCUCGCCUGGAAGAAACGCAAGAUUCAGGAAAAGAAGGACAAACUGCAGAAAGAGGAGGAUCGUAAGCGCAGCGAUUUCAAGGCCGGUCGACAGAAUGGUCUUUCUGGUCGCGAGAUGUUCAGCUUCAACCCAGAACUGAUCGACUACGGCGUCGACGAAGGCGAAGCGGCCAUCGAAUCGUACGGCCGCAAUGAGGACGACGACGACACUACCGAAUACAAGGAGCUCGAUUUGAAUAUGCUCUCGCUGUCGAUCAAAGAUGUGGACGAUACGGGAACGGUAGCGGACAUAGAUCGCUGGGAAAAAAUGGCCGCAGGGGCAGCCGAGGCGGCAGCGCGUACCUCAGCCGAAGAUGCUACCGUUUCCGAUGCUGCCCCAAUUAACGAAAACCUUUUCCUCGAAGAAGACCUCGAAGGUCUGGAUGAUGAUCUUAGCGAUGACGAGGACGAUGAGGACGAAGACGAUGGAGGAGAGUCGGACGAAACGAGCGAAAAGUCGUGACAAGUCAACUGUUGAAACACUGCAAAGCACAACCCAACAACUGUGUCAAUCCUCUUGUUCUGUUGAAGGUACUCGUUUUGUCGCGUGGCAAAUUUCGUCGCGGUAGCAGCACACGAGCCGCAACGAAAUAAUAAUUUUAAUAUUAAAUUAUAACGACAAAACACGUUUUCACUCAACACAAAUGUGACAGCCACUCGGAUUAAAGGACCAGGCUGGGCACGUUGCGGAUACAUGAAUAAAGUUUAUUGUAACACACAUCCUCGUAUCUACGAUAGGUGUUCAUUUUAAAGUGUCUGUUUAACAAUUAGCUGUCCCUCUUUACACACAAUGCUUUACUCACCUUUCUAGUUCUUUAUUGAGAAGGCUCGGAUCAACAACUCUAAUGAACACAGCAUAAACAGUUUCAGUUUAUCUUCAAUGAUAAAAUGGUUAAUUCAUAGCCUUAACUUUGUAUGUAUCGUUUUCGCCUUUUCGCGUUCGAGUUUUUACGCUAUUCUUCACGUCGUGUGUCGGAGCUGCUAAAGAAUAAUACUGAGGAAAGGGAUUGAAGCGUUUAGUCCCAAAACGGUUCUUCUAAGCAUCUCAACACAUAACAGUACUCUAGAGAGGGAGCGGAAUAAUACAAUAAAGCAAGGAAAAGCAAGUAAAAUAAUGUGAGAGGACCGGCCAUUUUCUCUUUUGUUUUUUGAUCAUUU